GUGUCGCUGUGUCGGGGCGAAAACAUGAAAGAGGUGAAGGAGCCACGACAUCGCAAGGACAACAGGCGCCCAGAUCUGGAGAUUUACAAGCCUGGCCUCUCCCGACUGAGGAGCAAACUUGUGCCACCAAAGCACGAGGCCUCUGAGGAGAGGAGCGGAGCUGAGGAAGGCAAGGGGGAGAAUGGCCCUUCAGGAGGAGGAUCCUUCAGGAGAAGGGCCUCCAGUCAUGGAGAACUUCAGCAUGGUGACAGCCACAACCAGAAUGGUCCUUCACUGGGAAACGAAGAGACAGAGACUAAAGGUGAUCUUCAGAGCCAGGAGAACUCAUGCACUCCGCUUGCUGUGGAUGAGUCAGGUGCCAAGACCACGAGGAGAAUCAAGAAACCGGACCAGCAGAUCUAUCAGCCAGGGAAGCGCCUGCAUUUGGUUGCUAAAGAAGUCGCCCUACGGUUGGCUACUGAGGAAAUCACCUCUAAAGUAGAACAGCUGAGAGUUGAAGGUGGUGAAGAGACUGAGAAAGGUACUGCAGAAGAUAACAACAGGAAAACCAAGUCAAUCAAAGAGGACAGAGAGGGAAACCAGGCAGGGGACGGAGUGAAAUCCUCUAGGGCGGAUAAAGGAAGACGACUAGAGCGAACUGACAGGGUGAGGAGGGCACACGAUGAAGUGAUGCAGGGGAAGCUGGGCGCUACAAAGCGGUACUCCCGCUCUGACAAGCGGCGGAGCCGAUACCGCACGUGCAGCACGAGCUCAGCUGGAAGCAACAACAGUGUAGAUGGAGCCCCGCUGGUGGAUGGGAUGGAGAGACGGCAGGAGCGUGCUAGAAUACGUCCUAGGAAGCAGCUCUCUGCAUCCUCCACUGACUCCUUGGAUGAUGACAGAAUCGAUGAGGCAGAAGCGUAUGUCUCUAACAGGAUUUCAGACAGGAAAAAGCGUUUAGAGCAGAGUCGAACUUCUAGGAGUGAGAGUGAGCGGAGCAGCAACAGCAGGGAAGCCAAGGGACACUUCCGAGUCACUUUCGACAGCAAGACUAUGAACAGGGAUGUCAUUCUAGCAGACGCAGAUAAAAAAAAGCCUCUGAAGGCGUUUUCUGGUUGCAAUGACUCAGAGACUCUGGACGCGAGGAGCCAGAGCAGAGAGCCCCAGGGGAGGGGCCGUGGGAUUCUGUUCCUGCCUGCCAACACAGAUCUCUCUGCCAGCUCUGCAGCCUCCCCUGAACCCAGUCACCCUGGGCCCCGGCUGCUGCUGGGCGGUGCUGGCAGUAAGGGCUCCCGAAGCCGGGGUCGAGGUGGCACCGCUCGCAGGUUGUGGGACCCCAACAACCCGGACCAAAAACCCGCCCUGAAGAGCCAAACCCCACAGCUUCACUUCCUAGACACGGACGAUGAAGUGAGUCCCACCUCCUGGGGGGAAGCCCGCCAGGCCCAGACGUCCUAUUAUAAGUUCCAAAACUCUGACAACCCCUACUAUUACCCUCGGGCUGCCGGCCAAGGUCCGCAGUAUCCUUACGGCGGGUACUCCCUGCAGUAUCCAAUGGGUCCAAGCAAUGGUGUGUACCCAGGAGCCUUUUACCCCGGGUACCCUGGCCAGGCAGGGCAGUACAUGUGCGGCCCGCUCACCCCAGCUCCUCUGAGUCCUGAGAUGGAGCAGCAGAUGAGGAACAUGCAGCAGCAGGAGCUCAGCAAACUCCUCCGUGAGGCUGGGAACCAGGAGCAGCAGCUCAGCAAUCUGCUUUCCAGAGACCGCAUCAGCCCAGAGGGGCUGGAGAAGAUGGCCCAGCUGAGGGUGGAGAUGCUGCAGCUGUACGAGCGGUGCAUUUUGACGGAUAUCGAGUUCUCUGAUACCCAGAAUGUGGACCAGCUGCUGUGGAAGAACGCCUUCUACCAAGUGAUUGAGAAAUUCCGGCAGCUCCUCAAGGAUCCUCUGGGGGAAAAUGCCCAAGAAAUUCGGAACAAACUUCUCCAACUUCUAGAUGAGGGCACUUCCUUUUUUGAUGGCUUACUCCAGAAGCUGCAGGUGUCAUACCAGUUCAAACUGGAGGAUUAUAUGGAUGGGAUGGCCAUCCGCUGCAAGCCUCUGCGGAAAAUGGUGAAGUAUGCACUGAUCAGUGCCCAGAGGUGUAUGAUUUGUCAGGGGGACAUUUGCCGAUACAGAGAACAAGCAAAUGACACUGCAAACUAUGGAAAGGCACGCAGCUGGUACCUGAAGGCUCAACAAAUCGCCCCCAAAAACGGCCGCCCAUACAACCAGCUGGCACUCCUGGCCAUCUACACGAGGAGAAAGCUGGAUGCUGUCUACUACUACAUGCGCAGUCUGGCAGCUAGUAACCCCAUCCUCACAGCCAAGGAGAGCCUCAUGAGUCUGUUUGAAGAGACAAAACGCAAGGCAGAGCAGAUGGAGCAGAAGAAGCACCAGGUGCUGGAGCUGAGCCCCAGCCAUCGAGGGAAAGGCAAGAAGUCCACAUUGCGACAAGUUGGAGACGAUGCCACACGGCUGGAGAUCUGGAUCCAUCCUUCCCACCCCCGUUCCUCUCAGGGCCACGAGUCCGGCAGAGAUUCUGAGCAGGACAAUGGUCUUGGGAACCUCAGCCCCAGCGACCUGAACAAAAGGUUCAUCCUCAGUUUUCUCCAUGCCCAUGGGAAGCUGUUUACCAGGAUUGGGAUGGAGACGUUCCCUGCGGUGGCCGAGGAGGUCCUGAGGGAGUUCCAGGUCCUGCUGCAGCAGCCCCCUCCCAUCGGAAGCACCCGCAUGCUCCAGCUCGUGGCAAUCAACAUGUUUGCAGUGUACAACUCCCAGCCCAAAGAGUGCAUCUCCGAGGACUGCCGCUCUGUCAUCCAGGAACAGGCCACGGCCCUGGGGCUCUCCAUGUUUGCACUCCUGGUGAGGAGAUGCACCAAUCUGCUGAGAGAAUGCAUGCAAGUUCCGCCACAAGAGGAGGAGCAGGAGGAUGAGGAGGAUGACAUCAAGAUCUCUGCCUUACCCCAGGACCUGAAGGAGCUGCUCCCCAGUGUGAAGGUCUGGUCAGACUGGAUGCUUGGCCACCCGGACACCUGGAAUCCUCCACCAACCUCUCUUGAGCUCCCCAAACAGGUCUCAGUAGAUGUGUGGGCGACGCUGGCUGACUUCUGUAACAUACUGACCGCAGUGAAUCAGUCGGAGGUGCCCUUGUACAAGGACCCAGAUGACGACCUUGCCCUGCUUAGCCUGGAAGAGGAUCGGCUGCUCUCGGGCUUCGUUCCCCUGCUGGUCGCCCCCCAGGAGCCCUGCUACGUGGAGAGGACCUCGGACAAGGUUAUUGCAGCCGACUGCAAGAGGGUCACAGUUCUGAAGUAUUUCCUGGAAGCCCUUUGUGGACAAGAAGAGCCUUUGCUGGCAUUCAAGGGUGGAAAAUAUGUGUCAGUGGCACCCGUCCCAGACGCCAUGGGAAAGGAAAUGGGAAGCCAAGAGGGAAAACAACUGGAAGAUCAGAAGGAAGAUGAUGUGAGGAUUGAGGCAUUUGAAGAUGACUCAGAGGCUGAAGGCAGUGGAGGAGAGAUGGACAUCAAGGAACUCCGAGCCAAGAAGCAAGCGUUGGCCAGGAAGGUGGCAGAGCAGCAGCGUCGGCAGGACAAGAUUCAGGUAGGAUGGGCCCACAUCCAGCUGAGGAACUGCUUUACUUUUGUACCUGGGCUGAUCCUAUCUCACUGUGCUGGGUGUACACAGCUUUGUUUAAGGUUUCUUGGGAUGUCCCUUAGUCCCACUGCAAAACCCAGCUGCACUUUCAGAGCACAGAGCCAAACAGCAUUGCUGAACCACCCCGGGGUAAGCUCUGCCCUCCCAGUGCCUGGGCUGAGCAUGCUGGGCCUCCAGGAGCCCACAAGGAGCUGCACAGCGCUUCUCAUGGAGUUGCUGGCGCUCCCUGCAGUGCUGACAGAGCUCCUGCUGGUGGCUGCAGUGCAGCGGGUGCCAGGCAGCAGGCUGUCCCGGGCUGGGACAGCAGCUCGGUGGCCCCAGGGCUCAGUGAGGAGGCGGCUUUCCCAUGCAGCAGGGCACGGGCAGACUGGGGAGAGGGUGGGACGUGAACGGCAGAGUUCAUGUGGGAGCCAACAGCGGGAAAAACAGCCUGCGGAUGGCUGCCGCGGCCAGAGCGCUGCUUGCGAAGCGUUGCCAUCGUUAUGGGGACAAACAGACGGGAUACAGGUGAUGCUGUGCUGGCCCUGGCCUAAUCUUAGCACAUCUCCCAGUGGGAGCCUGUGAAGCGAGCUGGGGAGCAGCUGCCCAGCAGUGCCUUCUGUUGCUUUAAGAGAGAGCUGACAUGCACGCUGCUGGCCGCCUCGCCGCUCGCAGCCCCUCUUCCUUCAGCCUCGUGGCCCAGAUGAGGAUUUCUCAGCAGAGGAAAAUUCUCCCUGGCUCCCCUCCCCCUCACCUCCGCCCUCUCUAAUGCCCAGGGCCCUUCACUUCCAUAAUUCUUCAUUUUCCAGCCUUGAACGUAAGCCAGACACAUCUGUCUGGCCAUAUGCGUGAACUCUGCAGUGUGUGCCGAGGUGGUUGUAAAACAGGGCUGCUGAAGGCCCUACUGGGAGAGCGCACACAUGUGUACCCUCCGGCUAUUGGCGCCGGGCCCAGAACCACUGCGCUUC